AUGGGUUUGAGAUAAUUGGACUUUUUUAGAAAAUUAAAUACUGAUAUUGGCGACACUUCCUCGUCUUUGGGAGGAUUCUUGACCAUGAUCGCAUUUGCAUUGGUUACUAUUUUUACCAUGAAUGAAUGUAGAUUAUUUUUUAGCACAGAAUUAAACUAUUAGACUGUGAUUGACAAUGACACUGAAUAAUUUAUCAAGGUUUAUUUGGAUGCGAUUGUCGGAGCUCCUUGUAUGGUUUUGUCAUUGGAUUAAUAAGACGAAGUUGGAGUACACGUAAUGGAUGUUUCUGGCAAUUUGAAAAAGAUUGCUUUGGAUAAGGAAAGACAUGUGUUGCCUACAAUAGACAAUAACGAAAGACCUAAUUACAGAGGAAGUGACUAAGAAUUAGUUGAUGCUAUUGAGGCUAUCAAUCAAGGAGAAUAAUGCUAAUUUAAGGGAUUCUUUUCAGUAAACAAGGUCCCAGGUAAUUUUCAUAUCAGUUAUCAUGCACAUCACCAUUUGAUACAGAGAAUUCAUCAAAGAGAUUUAUCAACCUACAGAAAACUCAAAUUGGAUCACACAAUCUAUGAAUUGAGGUUUGGAGACAACUCUUCUUCCUUCAAAAUGAAGAAAUACCCUAAAUCCCUUCAAAAAUUCUAGUCCUCCUGGAAUUCUAUAGCCAAAACAGCUCCUGAAGGGGAAAAACAAGAUUAUGAAUACUAUAUCAAUGCUUUGCCUGUGAGGUUUUACGAUGAUAAAGAACGAAAUUAUUAAACUCUCUAUAAAUACUCUAUCAAUGAGGCACAAAUGACAAGAUCCUUUACAGAAAUCGAUUCAAUCUAUUUUAAAUAUCAAAUCAGUCCUGUCAAUAUGGUCUAUUCUAUUUAAAAGAAAUCUGUCUAUCAUUUCAUUGUUUAAUUACUGGCCAUUGUAGGAGGAGUCUUUGCAGUCAUAGGAAUCGUCAAUUCAAUUAUAUAAAAAGCAUUUUGAGUUUAUAAUAUUCACAAACAUUUGAAAUCAAAAUAAUGUU